UGCUGGUAUAAAAGGAAGUGUAACAUUGGUUCAAAAUCAGUAUCGUUAUCGUGAUACAAAAUUUCUUGAUCGAAAGUUGAUAUCAAGUUUCAGUAUAAAAUGUUCAUCACAUUUUGUGUGCUUUUCGCAACUGCACUGGUUGGAACUGAAGCUCAAAACUUUGCUGUAGGUAUACAAAUCGCCGCAGAAGAACCAUUAACAUGUACCAAAUCUGGAGCACAGUGUGGGUCGGAUUGCUCGACAUUGAUGAUUUGCAUGGCUAACAAUCCAGAACCAUUAGACACUGUUACAUGUUCCUCGCCAAAUCAGUAUUGUGUCAACGGUGCUUGUACCACGAAACCAGAUGCAUCUUGUACAGGUGGAUCAUCAUUUACCUGCACCGACGAUGGAGUUUUCCCAGAGCCGUCUGAUUGUACCAGAUAUCGUGUUUGUCAAGACGGUGAGUCGACACUCCUCCAAUGUGGAACUGGAUUCGUAUUCAAUUCGAAACUGAACGUCUGUCAAAAAGGAACGACUCCAUGUACCAAAAUUGAUUGCUCAAGAGCUACACAAGCUAAGCCAUAUAUCGUUUAUGCUAGCAAUACCAAUUAUUACGCUUAUUGUUUGAUCAGUGGCGGUACCAUUAAAACUCUUAUGUUUAAAUGCAAACAAGACGAAAUUUUCGAUACAACGAUAAAUGCAUGCCGUUUUUACUGCAAAGCUAAAGGAUAUUUCCAAAAUGCGGCUGAUUGCAAUCAAUACGUUUACUGUAGCGCAGCAGCAGCUAAACCUUCCGAAAUGCUUUUCUGUCCUCCUAACUAUGUGUUUGAUGGAACAGGAUGCAAUAGAGAUACAACCAAAUGUCAAUAUCCUCCACCAGAAGCUACAACAACUACUGCAGACCCUACAACAACUACUCCAAUACCUACAACAACUACUGCAGAUCCUACAACAACUACUUCAACCGGUACAACAACUGAUACUUUUCCCCCUACAACAACUACUGCCGUCCCUACUACAACUACACCAACACCACCAUAAAAUUAUGUUGAAAUAAUUUUGAAAAUAAUUGAAUUUUCUCGUCAUUUCAUGGUCUAAUAAAGAAUUAUAAAUAUUAAUCAGCGCAAAUA